GAAAUGGCCCCCAAGGCAUAUUGUUUCUGUAAAUAACGAAGGCUAGUAACGAAGGAGGUGGCACAGGGCGAUAGUGAGGAAAAAACUCUACCACCGAAAAAGACUACAGCUCCCAUAGUCCAUUGCCACGGCUUCCCAGGGGCCUUUGCUGCCUCAAACUCAUCCAAGAGAAACAACAGCAUUGCCACUUGGCAAACUAUAAGUGGAAGUCGGAGUGCUGUGCUGGCAUCUGGAUUUGAGUUUACUCAGGCUGAGGAUGAUGGAAUAGUUUUUGGUGCAUGAGGUACUGCGGCCAUUGCAGAGAUUCAUGUAAGCGGCUCGGGGGCUCCUUCAACCAUGGCGGAUUUGGAAGUCCACGUUUUGUGCCUGGAAACAUAUGGUUCCCGCAAUGCUCAGCGCUACCAUGCCUUACCUGAUGGGAGGCUGAGCUGUAUCCCGGAUAGACCAGAAGAUACAGGAUACCAGUCGCUGCGGGAUAUCUUCAUGUCAGUUUUCCUCCCGCAAGGCUACCCUGAAAGUGUGAGUCCAGACUACCUUGCCUACCAGAUCUGGGACACAGUGCAGGCCUUUGCCAGUAGCAUCACGGGGACACUGGCCACGCGGGCGGUGCUGAAAGGCGUGGGAGUCGGGGAUGAGAGUUCGACUGUCACAGCCGCUACCGUCACUUGGAUCCUAAAAGAUGGGACAGGAAUGCUGGGCCGAAUUCUCUUUGCCUGGAGCAAGGGGAGCAAACUGGACUGUGAUGCCAAGCGCUGGAGGCUGUUUGCUGAUAUACUCAAUGAUGUGGCCAUCUUAAUGGAGAUCUUAGCCCCAGCCUUCCCGGCAUGCUUUACCUUCAUUGUGUGCCUCAGUGGCUUCUUCAAGUGCAUUGUGGGAGUUGCUGGGGGUGCCACCCGGGCUGCCCUUACUAUGCAUCAGGCCCGACGGGACAACAUGGCCGAUGUUUCAGCCAAAGAUGGAAGCCAGGAAACAUUGGUGAACUUAGCUGGAUUACUUUGCAGUCUUCUCCUCAUCCCACUGGUGGCUGAUAAUCUCUGCCUCACCUACUUCCUCUAUGGUCUCUUCACCAUCUUGCAUCUCUACGCUAAUUACCAAGCCGUGCGGGCUGUCUGUAUGGAGACCCUCAAUCGUGCCCGGCUCGGUCUAGUCUUGCGCCAUUUCUUGCAAUAUGGGAUAGUGCCAAGUCCUGCUGCUACCAAUCCUCAAGAACCUCUGCUGCCAGGCUUCCAUAAGCAGCUCAGAGUGACCCUUGGAGUUCCACUUCACACAGUGGCAUCCAGGGUCACUGAUUUGCAAAGUGCUCUUGAAGGAAACUCUACAAAUCACUUAAUUUUCUUUAGCCAAGAUGCAGGUGCUGUCUCCAUUCUCCUGCACCGACAGGCAGGAAGUGUGGAUGUGAUUAAAGCAUGCACCCAUGCUCUCAUCUUCGAAGCCCUGCUGUACUGGGAUGUGACCUCGUGCAUCUUGGAGAAAGAGUCUCUCUUGAAACUACAGCAUCAGCUACACAAAGAAGUGAGCAACCAGGAUUCUGCUGUGGUUUCUGAAACGCAUCAGCUAUUGGAGAGGAUAUUUCCCAAAUUGCUCACAGGAUUGACGGCAGCAGGAUGGGUCAUCGAUCGCAAUCUUCUAGGUCCUGAGGAAUGGCGUGUGGAUUGGACCAUUGCUAGGAAGAAAACAUUCUGAUGCAGGGAGACAUUUAAGGUUAAUUUGAUCCCCAGGAUGUGAUAUGUGUCUUUUGGUUGUCAUGGUGAUGCCAGUACCUAAGAGCAGCUGGGCCUGCUUUGGCAAGACUAGAGGAGGUAGAAAAAAAAUAGAGGAGAGGGGCUGGCGGGGUAUCUCAAUAUUUCCCAGAGUUGGGGCACCGUGUGGUCUUUGAUUACAACUUCCAAAAGUCCAGACCAUUGGCAGGUUAGGACUUCUGAAAACUGAAAUCCAAGCUUGUUUGGGACCAUCGUUUUGGGGAAAAAAUGGUCCUUUCUCCCAAAAUACCUGAUUUUGGAGGGGGAGUGGCAAAAAUAAACAUUUUAUAUACAUUUGACAAGAAGCAUUCAAACAUUUUGAGGGAAGUGUAAUAUUAUAUAAACAUUAAAUAUCACUAUUAUUAUUGUGUGGGUGGCUUUCAUGUGUAUUUUUCUAAGCCUCUGUUGGUCACAUUGCUCCUUUUCCCCUGACCUUCCACCUGACCUGAGGAUGUUCUCCAAUGUAUAAUGGGAUAUAAAUUAUUAUGGGAAUUCUUCCUCCCAUGUCUUAGUUUAUGUUGGGUUUAUUUCCCACAGUCAGGGCCUGUAUCUAUAUACACACUCAAAACAGAAUGACUGCUUUCCCCAUCCCACGUCUCUGGUCUAGAUCACACAAAAGCAAUGUCUGCUUUUCCAGCUGUGUUUGUUUUCUAGUAUCUUGUUUUUGUUUUCUAAUCUCCAGGAAUUGAAUGCCUGGAGGAUGGGGUACAUCAGAAAGGUCUCAGACUAGGCUGUUUUGAAUAAUAAAUGGAUUAACUCUUAUGUCUGAGUUCAAGAAUGGUGUGAAGGACAGGAGGCUAGUGAGCCGCCCUCAGCCAAAGAUGUACAGGAGGAACCGUGUGGAUGCGUAGAGGGCGUACUCGUAAAAAUAGAAGAGGAAGAAGUGAAGGAGGGAAAGGCAGUGGAGGUGUGCUUGGCGGAAGAGAAAGAAGGGGACAAAGGGGAGGAGCAAGAUCUGAUAGUGUGGGAAGAGGUUAUAGAAGAGGGGGGUGACACGUGGUAAUUCAGAGUGGAAACGGACAAGAUAGAGAAAGGUACAAAAGACAGCGCGGUACAGACAGAAGGGAGUGAUGAGGCGUCCAGUAAGGUCUGUGCCUUAAGAGAUUUUCCCAAUCUAAAGACAGGAGGGGGAUUGCUCCCUGAUCCAGGCUUACCUAGAGGUGAAGGAAAGGGGGUGAAACCACUAGAAUGGACAGUUGUGGUUUACCCCCGCAAUCAAGGUGGAGGGAGGAAAGUGAUCCGUCCCAGUCCCUCUUACAACAGUCUGCCGCCAGAAGGGGACUGGGUGAGACAUCCUUGUUGUGGGACGGUGUGUGCAGUGAGGAGAAACCCCUUGAGAGAGGGAUAAGGCUUUGGUCCAGCUCCUAUCUAAGAAGUGACAUUUUGACCCCAGAGGCAAAGAUUGUGAGUUACAAGACGAUCCCGGAAUUAAGCUGUUUCAAUCCAUUUAAUCUUGUUAGUUCGGAAGUUGAUGUUAAUAAAGUUGAAGCAGUUGGUCAUUCAAA